AUGAUGGUGGCGUCAUGGAAAGACCCGCUGGAGACGAUGAUGGAGGUGUCGUGGAAAGACCCGCUGAAGAUGAUGAUGGUGGCGUCGUGGAAAGACGAUGAUGAUGGCUGCAUCGUCGGCGUCUACAGAGCUGGAGCAGCAGGCGGCUGCACCGUCGGCGUCUGCAGAGCUGGUGCAGCAGGUGGAGGCCGAGCAGGGCGGAGCACUACAGGCAGCGAAGGCCGAGGAGGGCGGAGCACAAGCAACGGAGGCCGAGCAGGGCGUAGCACAGGCGGCGGAGGCCAAGCAGGGCGUAGCACAAGUGACGGAGGCCAAGCAGGGCGUAGCACAGAUGACGGAGGCCGAGCAGGGCGUAGCACAGGCGGUGUAGGCCAAGCAGGGCGUAGCACAGGCGACAGAGGCCGAGCAGGGCGUAGCACAGGCGACGGAGGCCAAGCAGGGCGUAGAACAGGCGGCGGAGGCCGUGCAGGAGGUAAUAGCCUGGCUGGACGCAACUGUGCCUCCCCAGUUGCACAUCUACCAGCCCUAGCCCCCCCCUCAGGAAGCGGAUAA